AGACAUUUUGUUGACAUGUGUUGGCUAUUUGGUUAUCACCGUAUUCUAUUCGCCAUUAGUAAUUACUAUGUUGUCUCUUCAACUUAAUAUUAUUAUAUUCUCGCACAAAACGUAGCGAGCGGGUCAUUGCUAGUACAUUAGAAAAGACAAGUUGCUGCCUUGCAAAUUAAUUUCUAAUCGCAACUAGCACAGUUAUAGUUAGUUGCUGAAACUUGCACUACAGGUUCGAGAUAAGAUAGCUAUUAAGGGAGAAAAGUCCAAGUCACGAGACUGUGAUUCUCCGCAAUAACAUUGAGAAAUUAGUGGCCACACGCUCUCUGUCUCUUAGUGAACAACGACUCAUAAAAUCACUUUCCGAAGGAAAAUUCCUGCACUCCUAGAUACAUGGCCAGCCUUUUUUUUUGGGUAGAAUUCUCUUUUUUUUUUUUCAUAACAUGGUCAGCCUUCAUAAAUGUGUAUGUAAUCCCGAAGAGCUACAGAUGAGUAAUUCAGUCAACACUCAAUUCCACGUGAAACCCAACUCUGACUAUCGAGCUUUGCCAUCCACAUUUUGUUGAUGCUCCCACCAGGUCCAAAAUCUUCCUUUCUGGCUAUAAAACCACAGACCAACAAGCUGCAAAAAAUGCUCACACAGAACAUGCUCUCUAUAGCUACCGUGUCUUCUUCAGCAUUCUUCCUCCUAUUCUUCAUCAUUUCUUCCUCUAUUAGCUUCAGCCAUGUCCUCACUAAAGAGACCGACACACUCAAACCGGGCCAGCUGCUCCGCGACUGGGAGCAGUUGGUCUCCCAGAGCAAGGUAUUUAGGUUGGGAUUCUUCAAUCCCAACCCAGAUACCGUCCAUCUCGGCCCAGCCGGUCCACGCUACCUAGGCAUCUGGUUCGACCACAUCCCUUUCUACUCGGUCUGGGUAGCCAACCGUGAAGACCCGAUCCCGGAUUCCUCCGGCGCCCUGUCAAUCGACCCCAACGACGGCAAACUCAAGCUCACACACCGAGGAAAUCAACAACACCCCGUAAUCAUAAACCCUAGUCAGAAAAACACCUCAAACAACGACGUAGCUCUCACCCUGCUCGAUUCCGGCAACCUGGUGGUCAGAAGGGUGAAUUCCAGAGGAAUCCCAUUUGGUUCUGCCCUGUGGCAGAGCUUCGAUUACCCUCACAACAUGCUUCUCCCUGGAAUGAAAUUGGGCAUGAAUUUCAGAACCGGUCAGACCUGGGAGCUGACCUCCUGGGUCAGCAACAAAUUACCUUCGCCUGGCGCCUUCAAAGUUUGCCUCGACCAAUCAGGAGUCGACCAAUUGGUCGUCCGGCGACGCGGAGAGAUUUACUGGUCUACCGGAGUUUUCCAGAACGGGAGCUUUCAGAAUGCUACUUCUCUCACAGGCUUCACCAAGGACUCGGGAAUUUACGAAUUCAAAUUCGUCAGGAAUCCUGAGGAAAGGUACUUCACCUAUAUGGUUAAAGAUGGGCCUGCUCUGUCGAGGAUGGACCUGGACACAUUGGGCCAGCUCACCCUCUUCACACUGGACCAGAGGGAGAGCAUCAGCUCGUGGAUUUUCGACACGGCCGGAAGCCCAUGCCCGGUAGGGGUGGGGAACGAGAGCGCAGGGGUUUGCUUGGCGGAGAAGGCAAGUGCGUGCCGGAGUGCGAAGGAAGCGUUUGUGGCCAAGAGAGGGUACAUGGUGAACGGGGAGGAAUCGUUUGGCGGUGGCGGUGGCGGUGAGGUGGGAUUUUUGCAGAGUUUGAGUGAUUGCCAUGGCGAGUGCUGGAAGGAUUGCGAUUGCAUUGCGUAUCAGGCGGCGUCGUAUGAUGAGACUGGUUGCCGGUUGUGGAGCAAAGGCUCCAAGUUUGUUGCUGAUGAUUUCAUUGGGUCGGAAGGUGUUGUGGACUUGAUUUAUCUUCUUCAAUCACUACACUAGAUUAGUGGUGGUGGUUGUUUCAACUUUCAAAGGGUUGCCAGAGAACGGAACUAUUAUAUAUAAGCGACUUGUGUUAUAUGAUUGAUUGAAGAAAUAAAAGUAUGGUUAAUAUUUCUGGCGGAUAUGUAUGUAUAUGUCUUUUAUAUAUUAAUUUUAAUGAAAUUCCACUAGAGGAAUUAUAUUAUCAGAAUUUGCAUAAUUUGUGUUCCCAAAUCUUCAGUUAAUUGUAAAGUUAACAAUAGACUAGAAGGUGAUCAAAGCUCAUAUAACUCUAUGACGUAGCCAGUAAGCAAUAAGUAAAUAAGAAAAUAUUCACAUAACA